GAUUGUGCUGGGUUGGGAUAAAGGGGCGCUGUGCGCAGGAAAGCGGCACAGAAGCUGGUCAGUCAGUGCUCGCGACUGCUCGCAGCAGACCCGGGAGGAUGAGGCUCGCCGUCCGCGCCCUGCUGGCCAGCGCUGUCCUGGGGCUGUGUCUGGCUGUCUCUGAUAAAAAUGUGAGAUGGUGCACCCUCUCAAAUCAUGAGGAAGCAAAGUGCCAGGAUUUCAGAAAAGCCCUUUCUGCAGAUGGUCCGAGUCUCUCCUGUGUGAAGAAAAGCUCUCCUCUUGAGUGCGUCAAGGCCAUCUCGGCAAAUGAUGCAGAUGCGGUGACUUUGGACGCAGGUUUGGUGUUCGAGGCAGGCCUGGCCCCCUACAACCUCAAGCCUGUAGUGGCAGAGUACUAUGGAUCAAAAGACAAUCCUCAAACCCACUAUUAUGCUGUGGCCGUGGUGAAGAAGGGCACCAACUUCAACCUGAAUGAGCUCAAAGGCAAGAAGACCUGCCACACUGGCCUUGGAAGGUCCGCUGGCUGGUACAUUCCCCUGGGCUACCUCUUUUGGCAGUUGCCUCAGCCAUAUGAAUCUCUGCUGAAAGCAGCGGCUAAUUUCUUCGGGGGCAGCUGUGUGCCCUGUGCGGAUAUGAAGCAGUUCCCGCAACUGUGUCAGCUGUGCGCCGGCAGCGGUGCUGACAAGUGUGCCUGCUCCAACCACGAACCAUACUUCGGCUACUCUGGUGCCUUCAAGUGUCUGGUGGAUGGCGCUGGGGAGGUGGCCUUUGUCAAACACACAACGGUACUUGAGAACCUGAAAAACAAGGCCGACAGGGACCAGUAUGAGCUGCUUUGCAGGGACAACACCCGGAAGUCCGUGGAAGACUACAAGGAGUGCUUCCUGGCACAGGUCCCUUCCCAUGCCGUUGUGGCCCGAAGCCUGGGUGGCAAAGAGGACCUGAUUUGGGAGAUUCUCAACUAUGCCCAGGAACAUUUUGGCAGAGAAACAUCUAAAGCAUUCCAGAUCUUUGGCAACAGUCAUGGAAGAGACCUUCUGUUUAAGGACUCUGCUCAGGGGUUUUUGAGGAUUCCCGCUAAGAUGGAUACCUGGAUGUUCCUGGGUUACGAGUAUGUCAGUGCUCUUCGGAACAUCAAGGAAGAGACACGGACUGAGGUCUCAAAGGACGAAUGCAAGAAGGUGAAGUGGUGUGCCAUUGGCCACCACGAGAGGGCUAAGUGUGAUGAAUGGAGUGUCAACAGUGGCGGGAAAAUAGAGUGCGAAUCCGCGGAGUCCACCGAAGACUGCAUUGCCAAGAUCUCGAAAGGAGAAGCUGAUGCCAUGAGCUUGGACGGCGGCUAUAUCUACAUAGCGGGCAUGUGUGGGCUGGUGCCUGUCCUGGCAGAGAACUACAAAACUAAAGGAGCUCAGUGUGUAAACUCACCAGAAAGAGGGUAUCUUGCUGUGGCUGUGGUGAAGGCAUCAGAUCCCAGCAUCACCUGGGACACUCUGCAAGGCAAGAAGUCCUGUCACACAGGUGUAGAUAGAACCGCUGGCUGGAACAUACCCAUGGGUCUUCUCCACAGCAAGAUCAAAAAGUGUGAAUUUGAUGAAUUCUUCAGUCAAGGCUGCGCCCCGGGGUACAGACGCAACUCCAGUCUCUGUGAUCUGUGUAUUGGCUCAGCCUCUGCUCCUGGAAGGGAGUGUCUUCCCAACAGCAACGAGAGAUACUAUGGCUACACUGGGGCCCUCAGGUGUCUGGUUGAGAAAGGAGAUGUGGCCUUUCUGAAAAUAGAUGCUGUCCUGCAGAACAUUGACGGAAAGAACACUGAAGACUGGGCUAAGGGUCUGACACAGGAUAGUUUUCAACUGCUGUGCCCUGAUGGUACCAGGAAACCUUUGAGUGAGGCUGAGAACUGCUUCUUAGCCCGGGGGCCCAACCAUGCUGUGGUGACUCGGAAAGAUAAGGCAGCUUGUGUCCGCCAGACGUUACUCAACCAGCAGGCUGAGUUUGGAAUAGAUGAAUCCGACUGCUCCAACAAGUUUUGCUUGUUCCACUCACAAACGAAGGACCUUCUGUUCAAAGAUGGCACCGUAUGUUUGGCCAAACUUCAGGACACAGCAACAUAUGAAUCAUACUUAGGAGCAGAGUAUGUCACAGCUGUGACAAACCUGAGAAAAUGCUCCACCUCAGGACUCCUGGAAGCCUGCACCUUCCACAGAGGUUAAAAUCCAAGAGUGGGAAGCCAUCACCAGACAGAGAAGGAAGGUCACGUGACCCACACAUUUUCUCUCUGGUUUCACUUGCCUGAAUGGCUUGACUGUCUUCAGUUUGGUGGCGGCACUGUUACAGAACACAAAAUAAAAGUUAAUAUUGAGUUUG